UAGUGAAGUAACAUUUAUUGAACUACCUUAGAGUGCACAAGUUUUCAGCAUUCAAGUUAGUCGAAGAUCUCCAGAAUGCUUCAGGUUGGGUGCAUCAAACUGACAUUUAUUAUACAUUACAUGAAAUAAAUACAGAAGGCAAACUUUUGCUCACUGGCAUUUGUCCUGGGAAUAUGUCCGUCUGGCUGUUUACAACAUGAAUUUCCUGUAACAUGCAUGUUAACAUUUGGAGCUCCCUACUCUUUAUUUUUUUAUUUUUAUCACGAGUUACUGCAGCACUCUGGUUGUGGGGAGCGAGGGGCCAUUUUGCUUUUCCUCCGAAACCAGUACAGUAUUUUGUUAAUUUUCAACAUAUAAUAUGGCAAUCAACAGGAAAGCAAACGAGAGACAGAGAGAGAGAUAAGUCUUACACCUGCACCUCAGGGAUAAACAACUUUUUCUAAAUUUUAGGAUAUCCAUUCAGAUUCAGGAUCAGGAUCUAAAUCUGGUAAACCCCACCAUGGGCGUAGCCAAGGGAGGCACGGGGUGCAAGCUGCCACCCCCCACCAAGUAAAUAAAUAAAUAGAAAUACAGUACUUAACUAACUUGGUUCUGGCCCCCUGACAUCGACCCUGCCUCACCCGCAAUAUAAAUCCUGGCUACGCCCAUGAACCCCACUGAAUUAAAUGAAGGAGUUAGAGGACACGGUGGAGUCGGACUACACGGUGACCAUUUGGCAGAAGGGGGAAAGGCCUUGUGCGAAGGGCAGCCUCCUCCCUCCGCCCCAAACGAAUUUCCUUUCCAAACAAUUGUUGCGUAAUUUGAAACCACGAGACGGGGCGCCGCCGCUUGAUUUGCUUGAGGCUGACAGCUCGUUCCGCUGCCAUGGCCUCAUUUGUGCGCCUGCUCUGGGGACGCGGCCUGGGACUCCGCCUGCGUCCCAGACCCCGCUGCGCCUUUCGCCGCCCCGGCAGCUGCCCAAGCCGAGCCGCUCAGAGCGCCGCCUCCACUAGCGCUUCCCUCAUGGACGCCCGCAUCGACUUCUCCCCCGCCGGCCGGAGCCUCUUCGACGAGCCGCUGGGCAUCUCGGUGUCAGGCCUGCGGCCCCAGCAAGAGGUCACGCUCCGGGCGUCGCUGCAGGACGAGGUCGGGGAGCUCUUCGAGUCGCUCGCGCUCUACCGGGCGGACGGCAGCGGGCAGCUGGACCUGAGCCGCUCGCCGGCGCUGGAGGGCGGCAGCUUCUCCGGCCUGGAGCCCAUGGGGCUGCUGUGGGCGCUGAAGCCGCGCACGCCCUUCAGGCGGCUGGUGAAGCGCGACGUGCAGCGCCCCUUCAGCCUGGAGCUGGAGGUGCUCGAGGGACACGGAGAGGGCCUCGCGGGAGGCGUCCUCGCCAAGGGCUCCCACGAGAGGGGCUUCCUCCGCGCCGGCGUCCGGAGGAUCCCCGUGCGGGACGGGCGGGUCCGCGCCACCCUCUUCCUGCCCCCGGGUGAGUGGCCCCGCGCUUGGCCUUCUUAAGGCCUUCUUUCUUUUUUUUUUAAUAAAAUUUUUUAUUAAAGUUUUGAACAACAAAGAGAGAGAGAAAAAAAAACAUACACAAUACAUAUAGCAAAAACACACACACAAAAAAAGCAAAAUUCAACAAUAAAAGAAUAAAAAACAUAACAAUUAAAAAAACAAUAUCUCUUUACCAUUUCCAUUUUUUAGUUACUUAUUUUCUGGACUUCCUCAUACCUCCCCCUUUUGUAUUCCAAUCCAAAUUUGUCCAGCAGUUUCUUUUCCACUUUUUUAAUCCCAAUCUUUAGCUUUAAUAAAAUAUUAAAUUAUAUAACUUCAACUUCUUUAAACCAGAUCUUUAGUCUUAAUAUCGUAUAACGUUGAGAUUUUUCCUCUUAAUGUCAAAUUUCCAUUUCAUUAAACAUCUUUAAUCCUAAUUUUUAAUCUUAGUCUAUCAUUGACUUUAACCUGUACAGCUGGAAACCGCUUAUUUUCAGUCCAACAUCACUCUAACAUUCUUUAAUUUUGCAAUGUUUCUGAAGAUAGUCUUUAAAUUUCUUCCAAUCUUCCUCCAUCGACUCUUCUCCCUGGUCACGGAUUCUACCAGUCAUUUCCGCCAAUUCCAUAUAGUCCAUAAGUUUCAUCUGCCAUUCCUCCAGCGUGGGAAGUUCUUGUGUCUGGCCUUCUUAAGGCCUUCUAGACGCUCCUGCGCUUCGUGUCGUUGACACGCAACGCCAGAGUGGAGGAGCUGCGGCUCCCCCACGUGUUGUUGCAUUUCAAAGAGCUCGUUAGUCCCAGGCAGCGGAGCUUAGUUUCAGAGAGAUCAUGGGAGUGGUUGUGGUGAACGACUUCUGGAAGGGCACACACAUCCCUAGCUUGGAUUUCUCCAUCCUGUAGUAAACUGGUUCCUCUUCUUCCUGCUCAGAAAGGGAGAAAGAUAUGGCACCCCAGCAAGCAAACAAAAAAACCCACAAUUAAGGAAGAGCUGCAGAAGUUUGUUGGCAAUAAAACAAGUCUGGUGGCACCUUAAAAGACUUCACAAAUACAGUGAGGCGGAAGUUGUCCCGGCCGGGGCCACGCUAAAAGGUGUAAAGAGAGAGAAUUGAUUAUUUGCCCUACUGUGUCUAAUGAUGGUGCUGAGCUAGCCCUGUACCUUGCCUAUUCCUUUGUAUUUCGUAGCAAGCCUUGCUCACUGGAAACGUGGGUUUGUUUCAACAACAACAACUCACUGGCACCUCAGACUCCAAACUCUCUCAUUCUCUGCUUUUGAUCUGCUAAUAUGAACAGGUUUGAAAAGUGUAUUAUGAAGGAUCCAGCCAUUAAAGUGGGUCAUCAACAAGGGUCUUUUCAACCCAAGUGGUCAGAGUUAAAUUAUCUCCAAGGUCCCUUCCAAAACUAAAAUUAUGUGAUUCCAUGCUAGGCUUUCUUUUCAAUAAGGUGAAUUCUAAAGAAGUCUAAAAAAGAUAAUGCAACUUCGUUCUGUCUUUUAUAGGUGAUGGUCCCUUUCCUGGAAUCAUUGAUAUUUCAGGAACAGGAGGAGGACUUCAAGAAUACCGAGCCUGUCUGUUGGCCAAUUAUGGCUUUGUAACAUUAGCACUGGCCUAUUAUGCUUAUGAAGAUCUUCCCAGAAAUAUGAAGGAAUUUCAUCUGGAGUAUUUUGAAGAAGCUCUGAACUAUAUGCUGAAACAUCCAAAGGUAGGGCCAUAUGUGGACAGCCUUCACAAAAAUAGCAAGCUUCUGAGGGUGCUACAUUUGAAACUGGAAAGUCUUGUGUGUAGAACCACACCAUACAUUUGAAGCACAUCUAAGGCUCCGGAACGGAUCCCGUUCACAUCCCAAGGUACCACUGUAUAUGCAGAAGUAUAUAUUCCAUAGUAUUCUUAUUCUGAGAGCUGUUGAAUUGCUGAUUUGAGAGUAUUCUCUGAGCUGAACUCUGAUCAUCACAUGCUUACUUGUAUUGCACUAAUAUUUUAAAUUCAUUAUUUGUGCCAAGCUCCUGGAAUAAAAAAACACUGAAAGGUUAAAGUCCACAGCAACAGUUUUCUCCAUUUUUGACUGCAAAGAUUAACCAAAGCAGGCAAGCCUUGGGCAGUCACUGUGAUAAAUUGUUCAGAAAUGUGAAAUGGUCCUCAGCUCAGCUUUUUUUCUUUUGCCAAACUAAGGGUGAGCAGCAUGAGCUUUUGCCCACAGCUUAGUCAUGUGGGGGGGGAGGGGCACAUACUGUAUGUAUCUUGUUUUCGUUUCACCUCUUUCUUUCUUUCUCUUUAGGUUAAAGGUCCAGGAGUUGGACUGCUGGGACACUCAAAAGGUGGUGACCUGUGUAUCUCUAUGGCCUCUUUCUUAAAAGGUGUCACUGUUACAGUCACUAUUAAUAGCUCUGUGGCCAAUAUAGCUGUGCCACUGCACUACAAGGACAUCACCAUUCCACCUCUUGGUUUCAAUGCAGAGCGGCUCAAAUUAGACAAGUCUGGUGUUGCUGACAUUUUGGAUGCCCUGAACAACCCACUUGAGGGCCCCGAUCGCCAAAGUUUUAUUCCACUGGAGAAGGCUGAAGGACGUUUCCUCUUCAUCGUAGGCCAAGAUGACCACAACUUUAAGAGCGAGUUCUUUGCUGUGGAAGCCUCCAAGCGGCUACAGGCUCAUGGAAAAGAAAAACCUGAGAUAAUUUGCUAUCCUGGAGCAGGACAUUAUAUUGAGCCUCCAUAUUUUCCUAUGUGCGCAGCUUCAAUGCAUCUCUUGGUGGGCAGACCAGUGAUCUGGGGAGGGGAGCCCAGGGCUCAUGCCGCAGCACAGGUGGAUGCAUGGGGUCAGAUUCAAACCUUCUUCCGCAAACACCUCGAUGGAAAACAAGGUGAAGAAAACAGCAAGCUGUGAGAAUGUUGCUUGGAAGAGGUGUUUUAUCAGAUAAUGGGUGUGUGGCCGAUUGUUUUUUGUUAUAUAUAACAAUAAAUCUGUUUGAUAUAACAAUUCUGCAGACAGGGGACUCAUUAUGUUGAUAGAGUGCUUUCUCAAACAUGAGAAAGCUUUUGUAUAAGG